AUGGCACCUUCAGAGCAGUCCUGGGCUCCCCCAAAUCCUCCCACAGAGAUCCCAACUGCCACCCCAGCAGGACGAUACGGCAAGAUCCAAGACGCAGGAGCUAUACGACAACGAUGGAUCGAAGACCCCACAGACCCCACAUGCCAAAUCCAGCCCAGCACUCUGACCGUAGCCGACCUCAGAAGUGCACGCUGGUACAUUCGUACCGACAAGCACAACAUCCCAUUCCAGGUCGCAGAGAAUGUCUUCGCACUAGGAUAUGCCAAUGAAGCGGAAUACAACCAGACACUGACGCAGAAUUAUGCAGAGGGUGAUCUUGGGCUUGCUGGCUGCGAGAACAUAUAUGACAUCCUAGUAGGAAGGGGAUUGAUCAUCGCCGAGGGGAUCUUCAGAAGUGAUGGGCCUCAGUUUUCGCAGAUUGCCCGGGCUCAUUUGCAGGAGAUUGCUGAGCCAAAGUCUCUGCGACACUUUUAUGUUUGUGAUGUCGUCAAUACCGACACUAGGACUUUCGUGCAGGAGGUUCUCUAUUCCUCGCGCAAUGAUCUCACUUGGCCUCCGGUUUGUAGAACACCACUCAUCUGGAAAUAUAAUAGCCCUGAGUACCAGGGGCUUCUGGGUACGCGCGUUGGGAAGUGUGCGGUGUAUCUGGUGCUGGAGAUCUUUCCGAGAGGUACGUAUUAUAUUGCUAGGAUUGUGACCUGGGAUGAAAGUUGCUCACUUGAGAUCAGGUUUGAUAUUGAACCGAUUCCUUAA